AUGAAUCUUAGGCAGCAAUUGACCCAAUUCCUUACUUUGGCUUACGUGUUCUCAUCAGCAUUCAUCGUUUGGAAGGCUGUAUCCCUAGUAGCUAACUCACAUUCACCCAUAGUUGUGGUUCUUUCAGGUUCAAUGGAACCAGCAUUCCAAAGAGGUGAUAUUCUUUUCCUUUGGAACCGCGAUGCUCGUGCCAAAGUUGGUGAUGUGGUCGUAUAUGAAGUAAAGGGUAAAUCUAUUCCAAUAGUUCACAGAGUUAUGAGAGAACAUCACAAUGAUAAAAAACAAUUAUUGCUUACAAAAGGUGACAACAAUAAUGUUGAUGACUUAAACUUAUAUGCAUAUAAACAAAAUUAUUUGAAUCAAAAGGAAGACUUGGUUGGAACUGUUAAAGGCUACUUACCUAAACUUGGGUACGUUACAAUUUUAAUUAGCGAGAACCAAUAUUUCAAGUUCGGUCUCUUGGGUUUGUUGGGGCUUUCUGCUUUAUUUUCUUCAGAGUAA